CCAUACUGAAUACCAGUUACACAAAAAUAUAUUAUCCUGUAUAUUAUAUGAGAUCCUGUAUGAGAUGCACUUUUUAAAAUUGUAUUUAUUUCGUCAUCGAUUGACUAUUGACUCAAGUAAACAAUAACGACUGACGUUUGUAUAUAGGAGUUUAGAUAGCCCACGUAGUAUAUACGAUUUAUAUUAUAUUCAGUGGUGAUCACUACCACUGUCCACUGCAGUCUACGGAUUAUAAUAAUUAUUUCUAUUAGGUACUAUUCUUCGGAUGAUUUGCAGUCGAUUAAUCCAUUAACGAAUGAAUUAUUAUUCAAAACGAUGAAAACAAUAAAAUACAAUUAAUAAUGUCACGGUUAUUUAUUUUCAAGUUCGAUAUGUCGACUCCACACUAUAAAUUAUAUUGCUAUCGGUUUCACGCAUAUUAAUGAGGCCAUACUAAUGAAAAUUAUAUUUUAUAUUUUAUAAGCAAUUACAUUUUCUCCUACUCUGAUAUCUCCCUCUAAACGGUUUGACUGAAAUUAUGCAGUGAUACUCUGAGGUUACUCCGCGUACUAUAUGCUAUUUAAAAAAACAUAGUUAAUAAUAAUUUAAUAAAAUGCUAUAAAUGUACUUAUAUUUUCAAAUAUGUUUUGGUUUUUCACGUCAUAAAAAUUAGUGGUUAUAAAUCGUUAUUUUUCUCUUGGCUGUUCACGGAAGAAAAUAUAAAGAUGUAUAAUGGGUAUUCAAGUCCAAAACGUUCGUGGUUCAUCGAAGAAGAAAUGGGACGUAAACUGCAAGGUUCAAAGGACACAUACGACAUAGACAGCCUGAUCUCACCUAUUUAUGCGAUGACCACGGCCGGCGCGGGCAUGAACAGUGCCGGCUGGAUGGGCUACAAAGCAGUGCCCGUCGAUGAACCUAAGCCUAAACGGACCCCAUUGUUCCUGAUUGAUAAUGGCCUCAGUGCUCAUACACUAGAUGCUAUGUUACACAUAUUCAUUAUAUGUUUAGUACUUUUUAUUAUCAUCAACUGUAUGUGUAAAUUUGUUUGGUUAUUUUUAAAAUGACAUUGUUUUAUUAAUUAUUAUUGUGUGUAUACUGUAUAUAGGUAUAGUCUUAAGUGCCUUGCUAAAACAUUUUUAGUUUGAAUAUUAUUUUUUUUUUUUAUUAUUAUUGUUUAUUGUGUGUUAUAUUUAUAUUUAUAAUAAUUCAUAAAUCAUAUUUUCUUCAUAAACCAAAUGUAUAAUUUAUUGACAAUUAUUAGAUUGUAUUGUAAUUUUAUUAAUUCAAUAAUACAAAGACAAUAUUAUUAUAUCAUUGUUAUUAUUGUUAUACAAAAUAAACAUGAAUACCUUUGAGGUAAACAUGUAGUAAACUAGUAAAUAUUUCUGUUCAAAAUUAACUAGAAACAACGAUCAUAGUUCAAUAAAGUUAUAAACCUCAUAAA